CUCACCCUAAGGCUUCAGCAAAUAAUCUGGGACUCGUUAGUCUUCGAAUACAUCAUGUCGUCCCACACACAUUACUCGGCUGUUGCGCUUUCGUGGUUGUGAGAACGCUCUCUCCAGUGGGCUCUCUACCUCCGUUUCCAAGACAACACAUUUAAGCGUGCUCUAGCCGCGUUGAGUGUCUUGCAUCAGACCUCGCAGAUAGGCAACCGCCAGCCCAUCCCGGCCAUUAUGGCUACGACGCCGCCAUUAUCGCCCUCGAUUGCUGCCGUGAAGACAACACGCGUGGAAGGCUGGAUCCAACAGCUUUCCGAAGCGGCCUCAGCCCGGGCGAACGCUCUCUCCCCGCCGUCGACGCCUGAGAGCCGCCCAUCGCCGAAGCGGAAGCGUGUGUCGUCCGCACCCGUAACCUCUACAAUGUCAACACGUACCACCAGUCACAAGCGUCCCAGACGCGAUACCGACACCGAAGUCCUACCUACCCACAGUGUAUCGGCGGCCGGAGCGGCCUCAAGUGCGAGCGCUCUCAUACUCAAUGAGAGGAACACCUUCAGUCCGCCUAGUAGCCAAGCCGGCACUAGAAGCCCUCGCCGAGCGAACAGCCCGUCCCGCGAUAAUGUCACUGUGCUGGCUUCCGCAUCCCCUCCGACGAUAACGGAACCGAGUUCAGGGCUGAAGACACCGCCGCCGCGAAGAGUAAGGGAUGUCAUGGAGCGACUAGAAGACGGCCUGGACAGCGGUUGGAUACCGGGGUGGUUGCGGGAAACAAUCGAGGAAGACCGAGAUUUUGGAUACCAAAGGAUUGAGCGCCAUGCCUGGGACCAGAACACGGCGAGUAGCCCCUCGGAUCUGGACGUUGGGGGCGAGGAGCGUGAAAGACUCGCGUACGUGCUGCGUAAGGUGAAGAAGAUCUGGCUGAAUGCGAGAUUAUGCCAGUCAAGGGGCCGCGAUGAGAACGCGUGGUGCAUGGACGUGAUCCGACCGCUGGUGAAGCUCGCAAUGAGGCUUGAAGGAAAGGAGAAAUUCUGGCUUCAGAGCGUGCAAUCCCAGGUCAUUACUACUGAUCUCCUUUCCUCCGUCCCCGAUGUCUCUGGAAAACCCCGCCUCCUUAAUCGCAAAGCAGACUUCACACUCUCAUUCUCCCACAUGCCAUUCCCAGGUUUCGAAGACCUAUACAACGGCCUGAGAACCGCGGGCAACCCCGUCGUGAGCCACAUGGCCGACGCAUUCACGAAGACGACUGCCCUCUUCUCCUGCAUAGAGGUCAAGCCUGCCAACGGCGAUCACACAGAAGCUGAAUACCAACUAAGCGUAUGGAUCGCAGCCAGCCUACGGAAGAAGAUGCAGCUCGCGCGGCGCGUAGGGCUGGUAGAUAAGAGCGGCCUAGUAGAACCCUGCUUCGCUAUCGUCGGACAUGAGACACACGUUUAUCUUGCGUACAUGGCAUCGGAAGAAAGGGAUGUUGUGCAUAUCCUGGGACCAGAGGUUGGCUCGUUAGGUCUCUGCGAGACCAGGAGUGUGAGCGGCAUCUUUAGGGCGCUAAGGCUUUGGCGGAAUGUGAUUAGGUAUGGGAGGGAUGAAGGGAAUGAGGGAUUUUGGGGUGGCUUCAUGGGGGUGGUGUUGCAGAGACUUGCUGGAGACAUUGAUGAAGGGCAUAGUGCCGCUCUUACUUCUGUGGCGCAGCCCUCAGACGAGGGCAUAUACAUCCGGGCUUUACAGUAAACCUGUUUCGAAUCCUCCUAGAGGCCCAUUCUAGUACCCGCGUAUCCCUAUUUGGUGCGAUGAUUUGACGCACGGUACGUCGAUUAGUAAACCAUGCCUCGCUUGCCACGGGCUCCAUUUUAGUUCCCGCAGUGGGCCUGUUCCGGGCCCUUGGUUCCAAGAUCGGGCUAUUGCAAGGUUGGAGACGAAAAGGCUUUUGC